UUUUUAAAAAAUAAAAUGCCAAUGUAAAACUUUUAAAUUGUAAUUAAAUUUAAUGUAAUUAGAUUGCUCUUGAAGCACGCAAGAAAAAUUUUACUCGUUAAACGAGAUCUUUUUCUCGGAAAAGAGUUAAUUUAUUAAUAUCCAAUAGGAAUUGGAGCAAUUCCUAUGAUAAUUCCUUCAUCGGUAGUCGAUAGCGAUUAAAUUUCAGAAAUACCAUGGUGUAUGCGUAUUCGGGGGGAUGAUAGGUAUUCGGUCAUUUCCGUCACCGUUCGGUUAUGCUCGGCCUCAGCUACACCGCCCGGACCCGUCAGUCUCGCGCAUGAUUCCGUGGUGAAAGGGAGUGUUCUUUCGCUUCGGCGCUUAAUUUUUGUCGCGGAAAAAAUCAAUGGUAUUUUCAUAAACGACGAACGCUAAAACGAUCAGUUUACUUUAUCGAAGAAAUCGUAAAGACGAUUAGGUGGUAAUUAAGUAGUGCAUUAACGUAAAUUGGUCAGUGAUAAACGAUCAGUGUCGAAUCGCUCGUGAUCGAUUCCUUGUGUAUAUUUUGUCAAGGUGUUUUCUACCGUUCUUUGGUCCGGAUAUUAUGCUACCGAUCGCGUGUGCUGCAAGAUCGUUUUGACUCGAGGGGCAGUCGACCAUAGAUCACCGGCAAAAUGUUACCACAGACCCCUGACAUCAUUCCUACGACUUUAAAUCAGCAAAAAUGCGUGAAAGCGCGUGCUCUGUACGACAACAUAGCGGAAGCUCCGGACGAGCUUGCUUUCCGAAAGGGCGACGUUCUCACGGUGCUGGAACAAAACACGGCUGGCCUCGAGGGUUGGUGGCUGUGCGCUCUGCGGGGUAGACAGGGCAUCUGUCCAGGAAAUCGAUUGAGACUUCUGGUCGGCCAAUAUGAUACAGGGGGUUGUUUGGUUGGCAGUAGGCCUGACCUAACCAUUUCCGAAGACGGCAUACAGAGGCAUGGAAAACGGCGUAGCUGGCACGUUCAACCGAACAGGGUGGUGACGCCACAGAAAUGCGGCGACGUGUACCUUUACGAUCUUCCAGCGAGCCGAGGAAGUCCUGCUCCACCCUCCAGGCACGAUUCACCCUUGAACUCGAAUAACGAGCAUUUACACAACUCAGGCCGAUACACGACGAGCAGCAGGAAUUCCGUGGACAACGGUGGCGACGUGAGCGAUUGUUACGACGUGCCACCACGAGCCAUCCCCGUGAUUCCAUCGCCUGCGAGCAGCCCGAGCCCUGCGCCUUCGUGCUACGACAUCCCAAGGCCGCCUACCUCCUGCACGCCGAUCUCGAACUGCUCAGGAGGAUCGGGCGUGACGCCUCUCGAUUGCUACGACGUGCCCAGGCCGCUGCAACCCCUCACCCCAAGCAGCUCGGCGUCCAGUCUCACCAACGAUGGAUCCCUCAGCGGAUCGAACAGAUCCAGCUUGGCUGCUCCGGAUUACGAUGUACCUAGAUCGCGUCUUCCAGCAUCCUCGUUACCGUCCCGACACAACACGCCCGUGCCCAAAACACCGACACCUCCACCCCCGCCGCAAACCCAGCAGAUCUACGACGUUCCAGUCAGCAAGGAGCUUCCUCUGGAGCUGGACUCCGCUUUGGAAGGUCUACAAAGGCUGCAGAGCGAGGCGUCCGCCGCGAUAGCCAGGCUAUUAGGCUUCGUCAGCCCCGUAUGGAGAACGCCUCAGCGAUUAGACGCCACGUUGAUGGAUCUUAGGCUCGCCGCCCUCAGACUCAGAACGUCUUUGCACGAUCUGGCCGAAUUUGCCGAAGGCACGCUUGGGAAUGCGGGGAAGGCGCCGGACAAGGGAUUGGCCACGAAACUGCGGCCGCUGGUCAAGGCUCUCCGCGACUCCGACAAGCUCGUGCAGGAAGCGGCCACCGAGCUCGACGCGAUGGAAUGGGACGCGACCAAGCUGUGUCGCGGGGGCGGCGAUACCCCGACGCCGACCAACGGCCCGCCUUCCACCAUUUUGCCACCGGCGCAACCGGAUCCGCUCGAUCAGCUGAUCGCGUGCGCCCGGGCACUCACGGAAGACGUUCGUCAGGUCGCCAGUUUCAUUCAGGGUAACUCGACGCUUCUGUUCAAACGGUCGUCGAUCAUCUCUACCGGUAGCAGCAACAACAGCGGGGCAGGGGAGGAUUACGAUUACGUGAAUCUGGACUCGAGGGAGGUGGUAGCGAAGCAACGCGAGGAGGUGAGGGCGUCCCUGCCCCAGGAGCUUCGCAGCAAUUACGAUCUGCUGGUGUCCGAGUCGGACAAUGCCACGAUUCAAAUGCCACCCACGACACCGACACCCAUGGACCCAAACGACAAACAAUUGUUGGCCUUCUACGCCGCCCAGGUGAUCACGCAUGGCAAUCACCUGACUCACGCGAUUGACGCCUUCAUGCAGACGGUCGAGCACAACCAACCACCAAAGGUAUUCCUGGCGCAUGGAAAGUUCGUGGUGCUGAGCGCUCAUAGAUUGGUGCACAUCGGUGACACGGUGCACAGAAACGUUAUAAGGAACGACGUGAAAACACGCGUGCUGGAAUGCGCGAACGCGUUGAACGAAGCCCUGAAACAGACGGUGUCGAAGACGAAACAGGCAGCUCAAUUCUUUCCAAGCGUAUCCGCCGUUCAAGAAAUGGUCGACAGUGUUGUGGACGUCUCUCACUUGGCCAAGGAUUUGAAGGUCGCGAUAAUUAACGGGGCGCAGCAACCUUGAGCAUCCAAAGAUCAGGUCCUAAUCUCUGACAUAAACGAGGGGAAAAGGAAGAAAGAGGAACAAAUUUGGAUAUGUACGAGCUGAAAAAGGAUUUGCCGUUUUUAUUUUGGAAAAGAAGCUACGUUGCGUUGACACCUCUAACAAGUUCCUUGGAUUGACUGACAAUCCUAAUGAUCAAACAGUUACUGUCCGUUAGGAACGUAUACGAACUGUAGUAGGAAUGAUAAAAAAAAAAGGAAAAAAUUUAUGUCAUAGACUAUGUAUUCAUUACCGAAUUUGGUAGAAAAGAACGGCUCGUCCGUUAGAAUAUCGCGAUGAUUAAUCAUCCAAUCAAAAA